AUGACUAUGGAAGAUAUACGGUACAGUUUUCUGAAUACGCUGGACCAUCUGCCAUGCGAGAUAAUCCGGACGCUAUGGACUAUGCAGAGCUUGGAGCUGCGUGGCCAGCGUUCCAAGGAUGCUCUUAACGAAGCGCGAUAUCUGGCGACGAUGUUGAAAUUGCACAGAAAGCGGUUAGAGCAAGAAGGUGGGUAUCUGCGUGAACUUGUGGAUGUGAGCAAGCGGUAUGGGGCUUAUGUCGAAGCGCAGCCACAGACGGCUAUACGAUCUCCUCGACGAAAGCCGCUGAAGAUCCGGAUAAGUUUGAAGAAAUCCCAUCUGCUCCAGAAGCAGCAGGCAGUUCGGUCCCCGAAGGCCGUAAAGCAGCAAGCGGAGCAAGAAGAGUGGUACUGUUUCUGCAGGGAUAUAUCUUAUGGGCCAAUGGUCGCCUGCGAUAAUGAAAAAUGUGAAUAUGAGUGGUUCCACUACGCUUGUGUAGGAUUAACGGCGGCACCCAGGGACAGAGACAAGUGGUACUGCAGCGAUAAAUGCCGAAAAGAAGCGUCAAGAAGCAAGAAACGCAAGCUGUAA